AUGGAAGAUGCACCAAGAGGACGCGACGCCGAGAAAUGGGUCAGGGCAGUGGAGCGAAUCUUCAGCUACAUCCAUUGCGAAGAUGAGGAUAAAGUAACUUGUGCAGCCUACCAAUUGGUAGACGAAGCCGACUUCUGGUGGGAGUCGGUGAGGCGCACAAUAACUGAGAAACAGUGGGAAAUUUUCACUUGGGAAUAUUUUAAGAAUGAGUUGUAUGAGAAGUACAUACCGGGAUGCUAUAGACAGAAGAAACAGAACGAGUUCUGGAACUUGAAGCAAGGGGCUGGGACGGUGACUGAGUAUGGCAGGGCUUUUAACCAGCUGUCAAGAUUUGCUCCACUCUUAGUGGAUACUGAUGAGAAGCGCGCAAAGAAAUUCAGGAACGGACUGCGCCACGAGAUCUCGAUCUCCCUAGCAAGUCAGGGAGGUCUCACUUAUGCACAAACACUGAGCAGGGCUCUCACCAUUGAGUCAUAG